AUGCAGGAGGGGGAGAGCUUCAAGUGGUGCGGCUAUGCCUUCUUUCGCCACGGUGACUCGAAACUGUUUUGGACCCAUGUUCUUGACAGGAUCAAGGCCAAGACCCGCGCCGCUCGAGACCGGACACUUUCGCCGAGUGGGAAGGUUUUCUAUGCCAACGCUCACAUCAUCUCGACGGUCCUCCACGUGCUGUCCUUCGACAUACCGCCUCAAUGGUUCAUUAAGGCGGCGGAGACGGCACUUACGGACUUUGUCUGGGGAGGAGCAGGGCGAAAUACCGUCGCUCGCGAUUUCGUGUUCCAGGCUCGGGAGGACGGUGGCUUGGGUUUGAUUUCGAUUGGCGACAUUGUUCAUUCGGUGGCGCUUCGAUUUUGGGAUGCUGUGGUGGGCUCGGACGAGGCGAUCUGGGCGCCCCUAGCUCGCGAGAGCUGGAGGUGCCUCGUCGCUGCGACCCGCGAUUUCAGUCCGUGGGGGUUCUUCAGCAGCACGGCUCGGGUCGAGAAGCUGUAUCGCGACUCGACGCGCUGGGGUGCAGUCGUUGCAGCGGCCAGGGUCACAGUUCCAACCAUCAAGUCCGAACUCCUUACGCUUCCCGAAUUGCUCUCGCUUCCGCCUCGCCUCCCUUCACUCUAUGCUGAAGGUGCCCAGCACGCAUAUGACGAUGCGGACGCGGUGGCGAAGUUUGCGCAGAUCGCGGACCUGUACUGGAGGGACGAAGGGAAGGGAUGGGCUCUGGUUGGUCAUCGACGCGGGUUCUGGCAGCACUCUAAGGAACCCGCCCUACAGCACGAGCACGUGUGGUCGCGCGUGGGUCAGUUGCUCAAGGCGAAAGCGUUGCUGCCCAAGACCGUGUUGCGACCUGCUCGGAUACCUCUCAAGGAGGUAUUCGAUCAACUCUACUACGUCAGCGAUGUAGUUAUAGCCAAGAGUGAUGAAUAG